AUGGGGUGGCUUACCUCGCUCCAAGCCUUUGGUCGUGAUGAGAGGGUCAUUCUCGUCACGAUCGGGAUGGCUGCUGCCUGCGUGGUGUCCUCCAUGUUCUCGGCAUUGGUCAUUAUGCGCGACGACACGGCGCUUCCUCCAGUCCAGCCCAAGUCGCGAUACAUCACGCAAGACACCGAAGACUCGCUCGAGAUCGAUACCCUAGAGAAGCUCCUAAGUCACCCAAACUAUUCUAUAGGCGAUAUUGCAACCAAAAUCCUGUGCGACCGCGCCGUCAACAACCCUGAUGUUAUCAACACACUGCUCUUCGGCAUCACCCAACCUGAUUACGAUGAACGUUUGCGAUCCUUGCGCGCGCUUGCCCUGUUGACUGGCUACGAUGGACUGCCGACUCUGCAUCGACCCGCAACAUAUUUCGCAUUGGUUAAAUCGCUGCAGCACUGUCUGAACGACGUCGAACCUCCGAAACUUGACGAUUCCCGCUGGGACGAAUACUUGCUGCGCGACAUAGCUGAGAGGUUUUGCCUCAUGCUGAUCCUGGAGUUGGUCAACGACAAUGGGGCUGGCACACUGAUCAAGGCCAAGUUUGUCGAAAAAUGGCUAUCGAAGCAGGACUGGGGCGAGAGCCCUAGCGAGCGACGACAGAACUUUGCCGCCUACAUGGACUUCAAAAGCAAUAGGAUUGUCACAAUCGUCGGUCACAUUCAGCGCUCGAAGAAAGGGCUGAAAGCUCUCGAAAAGGCAGGCCUCAUCGAAGAGGUCGCGGCGAAGCGGCAGAUCCAGGAGCUUCCCGAUGCUGUGAUGGAGACUCUGCCUAUUAUUGAUCUCCGCGAGUCCAUUGAGCCCCCAGACCCGCAAGUUCCUCGGCCCAUGGAGCAGUCUAUAGAGGAGCAAAGGAUUCGUCGUCAACACCGCGAAGCCAUGGUCAUCAACGACGGUUCCAGACCACUGGGGCGGGGCGACAUAUUCGAGCGAGACCAUGCAACUCCAGACUAG